AUGGGGAAAGAAAUUAAAAAAAAGGGCCGGUAGUCGGUUGUCUUUCAGACCUGAAGUGAGCACGGAUGAUGCGGUUUCCGGGAGAGCAGAUGCCAAGUAACAAGUGUGACGAGUUGAACAUUUGACUGUGUCCUUGUCUCAGCUGUGAGACGGAUGAUCUGAGCGUGUACCUGCAGGCUGCUCCUCUGCAGAACACGCCCUGAUAGAAAAGGUAGAGACAGAGAGACAGACACACACACACACACACACACAUACUCAGCGCCGAGCUGCUUACCUGAAAACAACAGCCCCAAUGCUCCACCUCAGGCUCCUCACACCACCGGACACCUACCAAAUGAAAUCCAAACGAGUUGAUUUCCACAAACGUUUGGUUUAUCCCGAGGAACUUUAUUCACGCGUGCAGCUCGGAGCUCCUGGACACCCCGCGGGAUUCGAGAGAGAAAUAAGGCUGGUUGUUGCCACAGCAGAGCGUUAACCCACCGGCUGGGCUGAGCACCAUGAGUAGGAAGGCACGGCGCUGGAUUUUCCAUUUCUUCCUUUGCCUUGGAGUAUUGUAUCUGAAAAUCGGGGGUCUGUCAUCGGUGGUUGCACUGGGAGCGAGCAUCAUCUGUAAUAAAAUCCCCGGCUUGGCCCCCCGUCAGAGGACUAUCUGUCAGAGCCGACCCGACGCGAUCAUAGUGAUCGGAGAGGGAGUUCAGAUGGGCAUCAAUGAGUGUCAGUUCCAGUUCAGACACGGACGCUGGAACUGCUCGGCCCUGGCAGAGAGGACCGUGUUCGGGAAAGAGCUCAAAGUGGGCAGCAAGGAGGCUGCGUUCACCUACGCUAUCAUUGCUGCCGGGGUCGCCCAUGCAGUCACUGCGGCCUGCACCCAGGGGAGCCUGAGUGGCUGCGGCUGCGACAAGGAGAAACAGGGUUUUUACAACCAGGAGGAGGGCUGGAAGUGGGGCGGCUGCUCCGCAGAUGUUCACUACGGCCUGGGUUUCUCUAAGGUGUUUGUGGACGCACGGGAGAUCAAGCAGAAUGCCAGGACCCUUAUGAAUUUACAUAACAAUGAAGUGGGACGCAAGGUCCUGGAGAAGGGCAUGCGUCUGGAGUGCAAGUGUCACGGUGUGUCGGGAUCCUGCACCACCAAGACAUGCUGGACGACGCUCCCCAUGUUCCGUCAGCUGGGAUACAUCCUCAAGGACAAGUACAACCAGGCUGUGCACGUGGAGCCAGUACGAGCCAGCCGCAACAAGCGCCCCACCUUCCUUAAGAUCAAGAAACCCCACUCAUACCGCAAGCCCAUGGACACAGAGCUGGUCUACAUUGAGAGGUCGCCCAACUACUGUGAGGCUGACUCCCUGACCGGCAGCAUGGGAACACAGGGUCGCCUGUGCAACAAAACGGCUCAGCAGCCCAACAGCUGCGACUUGAUGUGUUGCGGUCGAGGAUAUAACACACACCAGUACUCACGCGUUUGGCAGUGCAACUGCAAGUUCCUGUGGUGCUGCUAUGUGAAAUGCAACACCUGCAGUGAGAGGACGGAGGUGUAUACCUGUAAAUAGAUAUAUUUAUUGGAUGUGUAUUUAGACACACAGCUACACUGGACUGUGUGUGGAUGUGUUUGCAUGUUAAUGUAUUUCAAAAUAAGGUUUCUCUGUGGCUGGUGCAUGCAUGCGGAGUAUCAGCCUUUCUGUCUUGGCAUUACAACAAUCACGACAGCCGGUUCCUCCAAUGUGUGUUGAUUCUACUGAUGCCAAUGGACAUCUGCCAUGACACUGGACUCAAGCUAUGGGCUCAUAAAUUAUUGUUUUAUUUUUUAAAUCGAAUGCCAUUUGACUUCUCUGCAGACCAUAAUGGUCUACUAUCAUGAAUCACCUCAAAUAGUGAUAGUUUCUUUUUUUAUGAUAAUAAUAAUAAUAAUAAUAAUAAUAAUAAUAAUAAUAAUAAUAAUUUAUUCAAUGAGAAAACUACUGAAAAUUUAGAAAAUUCACUGAAAAUUCACUGUAGAUUUAGAAAAUUCACUGUAGACUAGCCUAAAUCUCAUAAGUUGGUGCACUUCAAGUGCACUUAAAAGCUUAACAAAUUCUCUAUUUUUUUUUUAUUUUUUUUUUUAACAAGACAACUUACACACUGGAGCUGAGAACUGAAACAGUCACAGAACUGAACUUGACUGGAUGUCAUAUUUGGAAGCCUGCAGUUUAUGUGCAUUAAGCCUAGCAGAAUAAUAUUGAACUACUGUUCCUCCUGGGCCUGCAUGAUAGAAUCGGUUUCUACUUGUUUCUAUCCCCCGUACCCAAAGUUUGCUGCUGGUUGUCUGGAAAGUUACAGAGUUUGUGACGGAGCUCUUCAAGUUAACAUCACCAGGAGCAAUCGUGAGCUUACAGACAUAAAUUCCCCCGAAUAUAUAGAAUAUAUUUUGUAAGAGAUUAUUUUUAUAUAAUGUUUUUAAUUUAUUUUCUAUCUCGAUGUAAGCUAUUUUCCCUUAGCAUUUCUAAAUGUUUAGUUAAAGAGUUUACCACUAAAACACUGUUCUAAAAAUGUGCCUUUUUUUCUUAGCAGCAGAACAUAGUGAUGUUUUAAUGAAAUGUGCUGCAUUAUGAUUUGUAACUCAUUUCAAGAAACCUUGCUUUUUUACCAAUAGAGAGCCAAAGUCCUGAUGUCACCUCCAGGCUAGCUGCUGUUCCACCAACAUUAGCUUAUAUGACUUUUUAAAGUGGUUGCUGGCUUGGCAACCAGGCAUCAGCUUUUGGUUGCCGAAAUUGCCAGUACGUUUGCCAUGUUUUAAACGGCCUAUAUUUUAAGCAAUUCAUUUCUUAUGUAACUAUACCACACAUUUUAAUUAUGAAAAAAUGAAAUAAUGGCUUGCAAUAUAAUUUCCCCUCUCUUUUAAAUAGGGGUGCAACGGAUGAAAAAACUCACGGUUCGUAUCACGGUUUUGAGUCACGGAUCGGCUCAAUUUUUGGAUCAGCACAAAAAAGGGGAGAAUUUAAAUGAUUAUAAAAAAUGUAAUUACAAUAACUUUCCUUCACCAGUACAUUGCUGUUAAACAAUAAAAAC